CGCCAAACGAACCCAUCUCGAAACCGCCCGCAAUCCAAGGUCACACCGCCUCCCAAGCCCUCGCCGCUAUGGCCACCACCGACGACUCCACCGCCGCCGGCGAGGUCCAGCGCCUCCUCUCGCACCUGGACUCCCAGCAGCAGCUCCUGGCCACCUGCCACGAUGCCUGGUCCCGCGCGCUCGCCCACUUCGCCUCGCUCGACCAGGACGUAGCCGCCCUCUCCGCCUCCCUCGACGAGGCGCUAGCCGCCGCCGACGCCUCCACCUCCGAAUCCCUCGCGGCGCUCGACGCUCGCGAGGCCGCCGUGCCCGUGCGCCUUGCCGAGGCCUCCGAAGCGCUCUCCGCCGCCAUCGCGGAGGCCGAAUCCGCCCCCGCGCCGCCGCCCCCCGACAUCCGUGGCGCCCUGCGGUGGAUAUGCCGCCGCAUGGACGCUGCCGCGCUCUGGCGCUUCAUGGCCUCGCGCCGCAGGGAGCUCUCCGCAGUCCGGAAGGAGGUCGUCCCCGCGCUCGCCGCAGCCGUCGACCCUCCUCGCCUCGUCCUCGACGUGCUCAGCGACUUCCUGUCUGCUAACGAAGGCGCAGGCGAGGACCAGUGCUGGGUGCUCGGCAUACUGCUGCGCUCGUUGUUCGACUCUGAUGACCGGAAAUCGCUGGAGAUAGGGGAUACAUUGGUUGGGAGGGCGGCCUCGGUCGCCAAGGACUGGACAGAGAAGUUUGGGAUCAAGAUGGACACACCAGCACCCGGUAACCAGGAGGUGGACAUGACAGAAGCGCCUGGUGCAGAUAACGCAUCAACACUGGAAAAGAAAAUGGAGCAUGGAGAUGGGGAUGGAGAGGAGGAGAUGGAAGAGGAGGGGGAUGAAGAGGAAGAAGACCCGGAGGAGCUGGUUCCCGCGUCAGGGGACGAGGAGGACGAGAACCCGGAGGAAGUUGGCAAUGAAGCCGAUGAGGACCAUGAGGAUGAGGAGAUGGAAGCACCUAAAGAGAAUAAGGCAGAAGAUGUAAAGGUGGAUGUGGCUGAUGAGGAGAAGACAUCAGAAGAAGCAGAGAAGAGGGAAGUUGAGGAAGUGAAGAAUGCAUCAAAAGGUCUGGCCAAGGAUAGGGAGAAGGGUGCACUUGGGAAAGCAGAGGUGCACAUAUUCCUGCAGAUGGUGGCGGCAUUCGGGUUGAAAGACAAGUUCGACAGAGAGUUCUUGAAGAGCCUGUUUGUUGCUAACAGGCGGAUGAAGGAGCUUGCAAGGUUUGGGUGUGUCCUUGGGUUUGAGGAGAGUGUUGCAGAUGUUGUUCAGGAAUUGAUUGCAUCAGGAAAUGUUAUAGAGGCUAUAUAUAUUGCUCAUGAGGCUGGCUUGCUCGAGCGGUUUCCACCUGCACCUCUUCUUAAAUCUUAUAUAAAGGACUCCACUGACAAGGUUCAGGCUGUGCUGAGUAGCGGAAAACGCUCCAGUUCUGCUGUUGAAGAGUCAAAAAACAUCGAGUGCAGCGCCUGCAAGUCUGUCAUCAGGUGCGUCGAGGCCUGCCAGUUACUACCGGUAUUUAAUACCGACAGCUUAAAAGAGAAGGUCGAAAGAAUGGAAAAAGAGAAGGCUGACAGGAAGAGCGCGAGCAGAUUCUUGAACAAGCGAGCACGGGGAGCGGUCGGGCGGUCCUUCACCGGUGCCAAGUCCACAAGGGGAUCGAGCUCAAGCUACAUGCCAUCGUUCCAGAACCCGACCUCUCGUUCUUUCAACUACGCGGCUCGUGGGGGAUACAUGAGCCAGGCCGCCGCUCAGCCAUACUAUGUGCCUGGGGGUAUGGCGGCACGACGUGGUGGAGUGUUGUAUGGUGGACCUGGAGCAUCAUUUGGGGCUGCCCAUAACUAUGCCGCCGGUGCGUCGCAGCAACCGUACCAUCGUUAAGGCCAUGCAUGGCCGUUGAUGCUGGACGAGUCUUGCUGACAGGAUGAUUUACACCUUGUCGUUGUAGCAUGUACCUUUGCUGUUACACUCUUGAUAGAUUUAGUAUUAGCACAUGGCAUUGUGUUUUUCAUUUGGUGGCUCUCUAAUCUGUAUGCGAGAUAAAUUAUUUGUCUGUAGGGAGGAACUGUAUGCGAGAAUGUGCGAUACUGAAGAGAUCGAGAACUAUUGCUAGUCUACUCUGCGAGAACGGCCGUCCGAUGGGAACUGUAAUUGACCCCUCGUUUCGCUUGCAUAA